AUGUCUACUGCCCAAACCAGCUCUCCUAAAGGGGACCUUCAACACCUCUUUCCUUCACCCACCUAUUCUGAUUCGACGCUGUCCUCCUCGUCACUCUUGUACACCCCAGACAACAACAUGGUAAACGUGAAGCAGGAGUCGAGCGAUCGCCUUCAUCAUGACCACACCUCCAUUAGCGCAGCCAACGCUGCUUUUGCAUCUGCCGCCAAGCGCAGCGACGCGAACACGACUGGAGAUGCCACAGACGAUCACAGCCUCUUGUUUGCGCACGAUGCCUCGGGCAUCAUGGACGCAGACAUGAGCGGUGAUGCUCAGUCGCUCUCAGCCGCGCUCAACUUUGAUCGCAUUAACGCGGAUAUGCAGGUGGCCUUUGGAAAUGGGAAUGACAGCCUCGCUGUUAGCAGCAAGCGCCCCACCACUUCGCAGCCGAAGGGUGCAUUUGGAUCGAUGUUGCAUAUCCGUGCUGACUCAAACUCGGGUCGUCGUCACAGCAUUCAGACACUGAUGCCUUCGGCGGAUUCGAGCUCUUCAUUGGCCGAUUACGCCAGCUUAGUUGGCCCAAACGCUGGUGCUAGAAGCAUGAGCAUCUCUGUCGAUGCUUUUGGCUCUUUCGCUUACUCUCAAAACAUGCCAACAGACACGAGCGCGAACAUGCAGAACGCCUCUGGAAACGGCUUCCUCAUGUCGCCACCACGCCUCACGGUGAGCAUGUCUUCAAGCAACAGCCCGACGCCUACUCCUGUUCAAGGCUUUGCAGAAGAUGCCAAGCGACGUCGCACGUCCCAGGUCGAUGCUACCCCCGAGCGCGCUGUCGAUCACUUGACCCACCAGCAACGCUACCUGCCUCAACAGACGCCACCCAACAUGUACCCCUACCAGCAACACGCGCACUUUUCGGUCGGAUCUAGUGUUGAUGGAGGGCUAGAAACUCCGGCGUCGGCACAGUCGACAGCAUCGCCUUGCCGAGUGCGGCGUCUUUCGCUCACGGCUAUGGACCGUGCCAACCACAUUGCCAACCUGACCGCAAACCUUGCGUUGCCAGGGUUUAGCGGCGAACACCCGCCCAGGAGUGCGCCUCCACGUGCCCCGGCGGACGCCAUGCAGAGGGCACAAUCUCAGUCGUCCCUGAUCAGGAAGGCCGCCGACGACAAGUCAACUCCGGCCAAGACAAGCGUUUCGGGCAAUAAUACCACGGGCGGCAACGCGACCCCGAGCGGCAACUCGAACGGCAAGAAUCAGGAUGUGUGGCCCGAUGACGUCGAGGUCGCAUUCUGGGAAGCGCUUCGUCUCAUACCCAAGCUUGGCCGUCGAAAGGUGUUGGUCCACGGCAAGCCUUGCGGUCGCAACGAGCUGAUCGCCGACUAUAUCGAACGCAAGACCAACAAGGUGCGCACUCGUAAGCAAGUCUCGAGUCAUAUUCAGGUGCUCAAGAACAUCCGAAAGGGAGAUCCCGAGUUCCAACAGCUCAUUGCCGAACCCACCACCGAAGAGGACUUCUACAUUCCCGCUGGCGGUAUGAUGUACGCACAGACGCUUGCGGGCUACGGUUACGGCGGCCUUGGAGGCACCUAUUCGCUCCUCCCGAUGGACAAUGCCAGCAGCGGUCUCCUCUCACCUUAUACCCCGGGUCUCACUGGCGGUCAGGGCCUUGCCAGCCCCCUCUCGCCCGGCGCACCACCGUUGUCGGCAACACACGCCAUCACUUCGGGCCUCAAUGACCUUCACCUCCCUCAGCAGACCGGUGUCAAGGACACGAGCGGUAACACGCCAUGUCCCAUCCUUCCUGCUAGCUUCUCCAUGUGGGUGCACUGCUCUUCCGGUGACGAGAAGCACGUCUACACCAACCUCAACCGCAACUCGAUGACCACCUAUGCCAACAACCAGACGUGCCUGCCUCCGAUGACACUCGAUUCGGUGCGUGUGGGCCACUUCCGAUUCCCGCGUCUUGCCGAGAUGUACCAUCACAUGCCCUGCCAGUUCCUCCACGUGCAUGUGCCGCUGUCCAUCCCACGCCAUGACGUUAUGAUGCCACGCUACGACCACUUUAGCACGCAGCUCUCGUUGACAUCGGCACAAGACUUGCGUUUGACCUCAGUGACCACGGUCUACUCACACGGCAAGCGUGUUUUGUCGCUGGUCGAGCCCUUAGAAGCUCCCCGAAGGAUUUCGGGCAGGAAUGGUGGUGAAACGAGCUCCACCAGCACUGUGGCCGGCGCCGAGGGAUCCGACAGCAACGCCAACGCGCAGAGUGCCGAUCAGAAGGUUCGAGCGCAGGAGGAUGCGACCACCUCGACGCCCAUCAAGAACAACAGCAUUCAGCGCCGCGAAAGUGACGGCAGCGUCGCCUCGCUCAGCCCCGUGUCAGGCACUUCGAGCGGACCUGUUUCGCCUUGUACACCCUUGGACGCCAACAACGAGUCCAACAGCAGUUUUCGCCACCGAUGGUGCCACCAGGCGCCGUUUGCUACCGACUUUUGGGCCGACUUCCUCAGUCGCAACCAUCCUGUCAACGCAUACGGCGGACGAGACGGUCUACAGUCGUUUGGCAAGGAACCAAGCGAGCGUGCUGCUCUUGGCAUGGCUGUGUCGGGCGUCACGAUCAUCCAGGAGCUCGUUGUGGCGGGUGAGGGCGCUGCUGGAGCCUUGGCUGCUACGACUGGCCGCGAAGGUGCACCUGCGCUUCUCAACGACGCUGGUUCCAGCUUGAGCCCUGGAAGCAAGGUGGGCGACGUUGUCCUUGUCAUCGCUUGGGACCUCGAGUGUGUCGAAGCGUUGGGCACCAACCCCGGCACCCCCACUGUUUCACUUCUCACUGCAGGCCCUAGCGCUUCGCCCAUGGGUCGCGCCGCUCCUCUAAUGUCUCCUCUGCUGCCCGCAGGUGCAGGCUUGCAGAUAGGAGCGCACGGCUUGACGUCAAUGCCGCCCAACGUUGGUGGUGCUGCUCAGCAAUAUCACGCCGCGAUGGUGCAUCAACCGCAAGCUCAGCUGAAUACGCUCAACGGCGGAGCUGGCGCGCGUGGGUUUGCACAUGCUCAUCCGCCUCCGUCGGUGAUUCAUACCCAAGCGUCGCCGCAACCUGGGUUCGGCUUCCGUGCUUCUCCUCACGUGGAGGGAUCGAACGCGAAUCUGCAAGCACCGACGCUGCUACGCAAACGUGGCCUGUCGAUGACCAAGCCCAACCUGAUGGUCUCGAUCCCGACAGCGCAGUCGUAUCUGAACGCUCAGAGGAUUUCGAACGACGCCAUGCUGAGCCCACAUCCACAGCUGUCGCCCGCGGUAAGCCCGACGCCGGCUGCGUGGGGCGCGAUCCAGCAACGCGCUGUGCACACGCCGAUCACGCCCUUCCCUCAGAUGGGCGCCGGUCUGUGUGAGCCGCCGCCGCUCAACACGGGGGACGACGCGCGCAUGCAGAAGGAGCGACUCGAGAGGCACUGGGCGAGUCAGUCGAACCCGCUCGCCAGUGCAUUGCCCUCUCCGCUCGACAUGGGCUUCAACCAGGCCGACGCUAGCGGUAGUUCGAUGAGCUCGGCGAGUAUGGCGGCAGCCGUGGAUGGUCAGAGUGACUCUGCACUUGGAUUGAUGGUGCCGGGCGGCAACAUGAACCAUGGCAUGUCGCUGCUCUCGCCUGGCGGAUUCGAUAUGUGCGGCAAAAUGGGCGUACACUCCGGGCUGGACUCGGGCAACAACAGCUUUGAGCAUCUGCUCAACGAGGGCAGCGAUCUGAGCAACGACGCCAGCACGCAGGAGUAUCUCAAUGGCCUCUUGGCGUCGAUCGGCGUCGAGGGCCAGCCCUUUCACUCUUGA